CCGACUGUGGGAGAGAGCCUGCCAGAAACCCGGGGCGGCUGGUGGGAGAUGGCCGUGCCACUCUGCCCGGGCAGAAAACCAAGGGCCAGCCUGCCGGGCCAUUAUUACGAGGGGUACUUGGAGAAGAAGGCACCAUGGGAAAAAGAAUACAAGAAAUUUUGGGCUGGCCUCCGAGGCCUCCGUCUUUAUUUCUACUACACCAACAGAGCUAUCCAGUAUGUCGAGCUACUUGAUCUGUCUGACUUUGUGUCUCUGGUGGAUGACGACCCCCCGAGAACGGUGGCCGGCUGGACCGUGGAGGAGGCCAAGUUGACCCUGAGGAUGAGAAGCCAAGAAGUGCAAUUAAAGGUAACCCUUCUGGGCCACGAGGGAAUCCUCACAUCAUUUGCAGGAAAGGACAAUCAAAAAGGGGAGAAAAUUCAUCGAGCGCUGCUCUCUGCACCAACAGGACCUCCAAACUCUGAUGCAGGGGUGUGA